CAUAGUGAAGAGUCAAAGUCUCCGUCCCAUUAUCCUAAAUUCCCCGUGAAAUCGCCUCUCCUCCGCUGGUCUUGCAUCCGAUCAAGAGAACUCAAGAACCCAACUUGGGCACCAGCUGCAUCAUGGCGAAGGGCAGGCUCGGGUUCGUCGGGAUUCUCAGGGAAGCGCUGAGAAUAUCCACCACCAGCCCCAGGUUCUUGACCCUCGCCUUCCUCACAUCCUUCCCGCUCUUCUGCUCCCUGCUACUGAACGAGCUUCUCCUCCAGCAGACGUUCCUCAGCACCGCCCACCUUGCGUUUCGUGGAUUGUCUGAGUUCAGUACUAGCAGCGACAUUGGUGGGUUCCGCACAUACUCUGUCCUGGGGUCCAUAUGCGUCCUCCAGAGAUGGGUGGGAGAGGCCUCUCGAGGGUUGGUCUUGAUGAGUGCCCUGUACUUGGCCAUCGUCAACCCGCUAGACCUCCUCAACUCUAUGAUGGUCGUUCGCAACGCAUCUGCGAUUUACGCGGGAGAGAAUUUGCCGAAUCCGAGGGAAUUCUUCGUCCGACCCUUGAAAAAGAUUGGCUUCGGGGGGCCUCUGGUCACUUCCAUGUAUUCGCUUGUGCUCUCUUGCCUCACUUUGCUUGUAAUUGUGUCCUUCGCGUCUAACCUCUGUGGGUUGUCUUCACCUUUCGGGCUGGGUGGGCUCGCCAUCGUGCUGGUCUUCGCGGCCUUGUUCGCGAAGUAUAUGGAGUGGAGUGUGAUAUGGAACACGGGGAUCGUGAUCUCGAUAUUGGAAGAGAAGCAUGGUGACAUUGCAUUAGGAGUGGCUGCAUAUGUGAGCAGAGGGAGCAGAAGAAAGGGGCUUGCCCUUAUGCUUGUGUUCUUCAUUUGCAGGUUUGCCCUGAGAUUGUCUUGCCUCUAUUUCGCCUGGCACGGUAAAGAAUGUAUACUUGUUGCGACCGUUGCGCAAGUCUGCUUAGUGUGUUUGGGGAAUGUGGUGAAGUGGUCGGUGUUCAUGGUGUAUUACUGUGACUGCAAGAAAGGGCUUCUCGAGAAAAAGAUCGAUGUGGAAGAAGGCAAAGCUGCUCAACUUAUGAAAAGAUAGAGAUUGGGUUUUGGGAAAGACGUUAGCGUUCAGUAUGCAUUGUUUUCGGUUUGUAAUGAGGUGUGUGUAUCAACCAUCCUGUAUCGUUUAAAUUAAGACAUAAUGGAUCCGUUUCGGUAUAAGGAUAUCGCAUUCAGAA